ACACCCACCUUCAUCUCGCCCCUAGUCACCUUCUGACUCUAUCAAGAUGAGUUACGUCGCUAAGGGCGAAAAAGAGUACGACGCUGCCGGGGCCGUGCCCGCUGCGAAAAUCCACAAGAUCCGGAUCACCCUCACGAGCAGCAACGUCAAGAACUUGGAGAAGUUCUCGAACGACUUGAUCAACCGCGCGAAGGACAAGCAGCUGCGCGUGAAGGGCCCGGUGCGCUUGCCCACCAAGGUCCUGAAGAUUACGACCCGUAAAUCCCCCUGUGGUGAGGGUUCGAAGACGUGGGACCGUUACGAACUCAAGAUUUACAAGCGCCUCAUCGACAUGCACUCCUCCAGCGAGAUCGUCAAGCAGAUCACAAGCAUUAGCCUGGAGCCCGGUGUUGAGGUCGAGGUUACCAUCUCGGCUUAAAUAGCUACGUAUCUUAGGCAUCAUGCGUGUUGUAUGUAUGUUUAUGACCACCACAUGCGAUUGAGCGCCCUUUGGCGCUCUCUGUAUUGAAGGGACGUUGCUACAAGAGAUCACGUAUGACACGGAUGGGCCCAAGCGCGGUCGAAUCAUGCAGGAAAGCGGUUGAGACAGCCAUCGAG